UUUCCUAGUCUUCCGGGAGCAACCUCCCUGGCAGAGUGGAGGCAAGUACAAGAGUAAGGUUAGAAGGUUAUCACGAAAUCAAUACCUUCAGUUUACAGUCGCUUUGAGAAGGAUUACUUCGUUUAACAAUCUCUCGAUUGUUCAGAGUUAACAGAAGGAUGAUUGUCGAAGCCGGGCUGACGCUGUUUUCUGUGCUAACAGCUGUGAAUGCAAUCAAUGUUGUUAUCCCUAAGAAUGAAAUAGAGGUUGCUAGAGGUGCUGAUGUGCCAUUAGAUUGUCAAUACACUACGGAUGCGACAGAAAGGACUGGAUUUAAUGUUCGAUGGUAUAAACUCUCAGAUGAACCAGAAGGCCAACCAGAUGAUGUAUUCCUGUACUUCCUUGGCGGAAUCCGUAAAGAUGGAAAGCUGUACGAGGGCAGAGUGAAUUUCACAAAAGACAUUGAAAAAGAUGAUUGCUCAAUCGUGAUCAGCAAAUCACUUAUGACAGACAGCGGAUCCUAUGGGGUUGAAGUUACAACUCCUUUGGAUUUAGAAGGCAGCCGGAAAGCCAGUAUAGAUGUGACUGUGUUGGUACCUCCAUCAAAACCAAUUUGUGCGAUUAAAGGAAAAGCUGAAUAUGGACAAACUGUUAAACUGACCUGUUACUCCGAGGAAGGAUCCCCAAAACCAACCUACAGUUGGGAGAGUUUCGAUAGAAUGAAUCAGAAAAGAGCAUUGCCCCAAAUGUCCUCUCAGGAAUUAGAUGGAUUACUACUAAAAAACCUUUCAGCUGAUACAACUGGCUUCUUCUUAUGCACCUCACGUAAUAAAAUCCAAUCAGCCUUCUGUAACAUAACCUUGGCAGUAAUGCCUCCCUCAAUGAACCUUGGCUUUUAUGGUGGAAUUAUUGGGGGUGUAAUAGCUGCCAUAAUAAUAAUUGGCAUUGUUAUUUAUUGUUGCUGUUGUCGUGAUGGAAAGGAACCUGAAGAUUACGAAAUGGAGGAUACACACAACAGAAAAGAAUACGAAGAGGGGAAGGAUGAAGAGGAAUAUCCUGAGCAAGAUUCUGCGAAGCGUGAAUAUCGUGGAGCCUAUUAUGAUCAUGUUCCUUAUGAGAAUGAUGGCGAGAACUCUCCCCGUCCUGCUGUGAGUUCCAUUGGCACCUCCCAAUAAACCUAAAUAUGUGCCAGAGAAUCAUGAUGUGUAAAAAGAGCAGUUCUCUAAAAAUAGCUCAGUCUAAUGGGUGAAAUGAUUUGGUUCUUAAAAUUGCUAAUUAAAUACUAUUGGGAUGAUUUCAUAUUAUAAGAGUAGACAUAUAAGUUGAUAAAAGAUUAUUUUUCUUAAUGUACAUUUCCUAGGUUUUGUUUUAGGUUUUCAAAUACCUCUGAAUUUCAGUUACCUUUUGAAAGUGGAAGUUCUAAGUAUAAUGUUAACUUUUUCUAUUUGGCAGUAGGAUUUAGUUGCUUUUCAUUUGGCAUUUUUUUUACAGGAAAGUGACUGUUUCUUUAAAAUUAUGUUCAAAUAUGGGAAAUUGAAUAGCUCUAGUCAAAUAAUUUAGAAUAGCUUGUAAGAAGGAAUGCUAAAUCAAAAAUGUCAGUAUCCUUUAAUCUGGAACAUAGCUACAUUUAACGGUAAUUUGAUUACCUUGGUUGCAAUUGGAAUGUGUCUGCUUCUCUUUAUGGGGAACUCACAUCAGGGAAAUGUUUCAGAGUAUAAUUUGUUAAAUUAGAGCAGAACAAAGAAGCUGAGAGAUAUGCAGAAGCGUUUAAAAUCAUGAAGGGUUAGAUAGAGUAAAUAAAGAGAAACCAUUUCCAAUGUCAGACAGGUUGAUAACCAUAGGGCACAGACUUUGGGUGAUUGGCAAAAGAACCAGAGGUGGCAUGAGGAAUUGCUGUAGCAAAUUAUGAUCUGAAAUGCACUGCCUGAAAGGUUAGUCAAAGCAGAUUUAAUAACCACCUUCAAUAGGGAAUUAGAUUAAAAAAAGAGCCUCGGAUUGGACUAACUGAAUUUUUCUAUGAAAGACUUCAUGUGUCAUGUACCUUUCCUCAAUCCUAUACUGACAUACUCUUCUUCAAAUAUUAAGUGUUUAGUAGUAACACAAUUUUAAUUUAAUUGGUAAGGAUUGCCUGUUUAACUUAUAAACAUCAUUCAUGAGUCAUAAGCUUUUGAUGCUCGGUUACCAAUCACAAUUGACUUGGGUUAUUUCAUCAUUGCUAUUGUAAUAAUCCUCUUAACUAUCAACCAGGCCAUGCGGAUGGAACAAUAAAACAGUUUGUCUCAAAUUCCAGGCCCAAUUUGUGAAAAUAUUUGAAAUAAUCUUUUAUUUCUAUUUCUAAGCCUAUCCCUUCUGUAAUUCUUAGGGUGGAGAAGGGAAGCAAUGUUGAUGUGAUGUUUUAGCCCCUUUUGUGCUAUAUUGUUCCAAUGGCUACACUAUGCUCAGUUGAUAAAAUAUAUGAUCUGUAACUUAAGAGGGUUACACCAGUCAGUGUGUUCUUGAAAAAUGAUCUGAAUGAAUACUGAAAUGGAUAAACUAAGUGGCCCAUUCCUAUAUUCUUGCAUUAAAGAAGAUUCAUAUUACAGUAUAUUUAAUAGAAUAAAAUACAAUUUUCCCAAAAACUGAAGUAUGGGUUUAAUAUCUUUAUAAACCAUGUGAUCUUUUCAAACAGAUGUAUGUUUGACAGUUGUAAAUACCACAUUGUGAUGCCAUAUUGCUACUCUGAUACCACAGCAAACUAUCUCUUAUAUGCUUAACUGUUUCUUGGUAUGUUUGCAAAAGAAAUCUUGGAUUUUUAGACAAACAUUAAAUAUCAUAUUCAAUGGGAACUUAAUCCUUACCAAUCACAUUAAAAAUGGUCCACUUAACUUCCUUACACACAUCAAUCAUGAGUUACAAAGUUAUAUGAAUAGAUAGCAGUGAGAAAUUCAUAAGUAAUUGAAUGGCAAGGCUCUCCUCUCAAACCAUGCGAGUGAAGUUUAACUUUUUUUUCAAAGUUGGAAGAACCACGAUUUUCAACUGAGGUCCUGUUUCUAUUCAUUAGUUUGUAUUCUUUACACUAUACUUUAGAUAGCUUUUAUGUUAGAAAAUCUGAAAUUGGUUUCAUCUGCUAAUCGGCUUAAGAAACUAAUUUCAUCAAUGGAAUAUAAUUUGCUGGUUUUCUAUCAUGGUUGCCACAAUAUGGAACCUUCUUGAUAAUGAGCCAUUGUGCAUUUAUUGUGGUUUUCAAGUGUUCUACCAUUCCGAAACGUCAUCUUAUAAAUAACAAUUUGUAUAAUUGUUUUUUUAGCAUUGUCAAUUGUUUAAAAAAAUUGACUAUUAAAUGGGUUUUGGGAAAAAUGCCUUCUAACUAACUGACUUCAUAGCCAGUUGUGAUCCAGUUUGAGAAAAAGUUGCUAUAAAAUUCCAGGGGCAAUUUUGAAAAUUGCUUUCUUCUUGUUAAUUGCUGCAGCAAUUUGAUCUUGGGUUCAUUUUUUCAUGUUUAGCUCCUGAAUGCUGAGCAAAGAUUGCACUUGAAUCAUUGAAUAAGAAAAUUAAUAUAGUGAUAUGAGACCUGUUAAUGUUAUCCAAAGUUCAAGCUAAAUGUGAACAAUUGGGAAUUGCCAUUUUUACUGCAAUAUUUGCAUCUAGAACUUGAGGGUUCAGUAACAAUUAACUUGAACUUCUACAAAAUUUGGUGCUGCACACUAACAAUCAGUGGAAGAAAUCAACAAGUGUGAAAUUGCUCAUCAGCAUUAGUUUUUAAUUUGGAAGUUAUCCUUUGCUUUCCAAAAACGGCAAUUCACAAAUUGAUAAUUUGUGUUUUAAAACAGUUAAUGUUCAAAAGUAAUUUCAUAUUUUCAGUGCUGUACGGUUUUAUAAAAUUUAAUGCAUUUGUACAGAUACAUAUGGCUUCACUUGUUGCCCUCAUGUUGUUGAAUACAUUGUAUAAAGAUCUUUUAAUAAAUUUA